UUUCCUUUUUAUUUUUAUUUUUUAUUUAUUUAUUUAUUUAUUUUUUUAUUUAUUUAUUUUUUUUCACCAUAGCGAGAGAAUGAUUUUUUUAGUACGAGACGUAUGAUAAUACGGAGUUGAUCAAAAACAUAUAGAAGUAUUUCAAAAAUGUUAUUGUUUAUUUUAAAUGGGAUUAUAGAGUGAAAACAGGGGUGAUCUGAGAGGAUGGUGUGAGCGAUCCGUGAUCAUAACGAGGUCACAAUCGUACUACUCUUGGAGCAAAUAGAUUUUGAACGUGGAAGAAAAGAAUUCUGUUUUUUAGAAACUGAGAUUCGUAUGUCUUCGGACAAUGUCAUUUUACAGAUUGUGCUCUAUCAAGCGGUUGCGGCAGCGAAUCCAGUGCUAGUGUUCGUUCAGGCUGGCGAUCUCCCGAGCUUCAUGAUAAUCCGCAUUUAAAGGUAGUUCGCAGUUCAGUCGUCGCAGAACGUAUGAAACCCAUCUUGAUCGAACGUUCGUGGAACGCGACGUGGAAGCCGCUUAAGACAGUUAACGACGAGAGCAAUGGUAAACAAGUCGCAGAUACUCGUAACAACAAUGAAACGCGAUUAUUGAAGAAUUUUUUGACUCGUAUUAAAGCGAGACGCGAGUUCUUCGAUAAUUACGAGAAGAGAAUGCUGAACGGUGGGAACUGUGCGAUUCAAGGAAAAGAAAGGAACAAAUUUACUCGAGCAAAAUUUUUUGAUAAAUUUAUUAACAAUCGAAAUGAUGAUAAUAGAUCUAAUGAUGUGACUCGAGAAUUACUUUAUAAUGUAUGUAAUCAUAAUGGUGAGAUCACAGAAAAUGGUACAUUAAUAAAGAAAUCCGAUGAUAGAACAUUAAAGAAUUUGAUAAAUGAAAAAAUAUUAGACUCAUCUGGAUGUAAGAUGGAUGAUGAUCAAGCGGAUUUAACUUGUCGCAAGAAUGAUACAAAAGGGAAGGAUAUAAUUUACACUAGCGAAAAUAAAUUUUUCUGGGAGGAUGAUUGUCAAUGUGUAUCCUGUUUAUCAUUUUCGAAGAAGAACAACGUGGUAUCGUACGAUCGUAAUCAUUGGGACAAUCUAGGCGAUGUAAUAAAAUGUAUAAACGAUAAAAUUUUGCCAUCUCGUGCUAGCUUAAACGCCUUACCAGUGACGGACGCAUCGGUGAAAUAUAAUUUGGAUUCGACGAACAUGAGCUUGAUCUAUAGUUUGACACCGUCGAAUGAUGUAUCAAUGAUGGUCGGUAAUGAUAAUAAUGACAACGUCGAUAACAUCGUUAAUAGGCUAGCGAACGAUGAUGAUAAUCAAACGGAUGGAACGAUGAAACGAGUGAACGAAUCAAAUAUUACAUCGAAAUGUACAUCCAUGGAAAAUAUUCAUCAGGACGAUUCCACCGAUAAUUCGUUCAUCGAUUACAACGAAAAAUCAUCUAAUAAUGGAUCGGAUAUAUUAGAAUUGCCGACGGGUACGAUUCAGGAGUUGGAAGAUUUUCUCGGUGUAUCCUUUAACGAGGACAUGAACACUAGCGUUAAUCAAAUAAUAGCAGAACUCGAUGUUAAUCAAACAUACGUAGAGGCAACGAAUAUAGUGGAUGAGGUUAUCGAAGAGGCAUCUCGUAUUACAUUUAACAUAAAUGUAUCCCCGAAGAGUACGAUUUCUACGGAAUCAAAUUUGAUCGUUAUCGAUGAGCUUGUACAUCACGUAAUUGAUCGGCACGACAAAGAAGAUAAAGUUUUUCUUUCGACUACGAGGAUUGAUCAUCAGGAGUAUAUUAAUGGACCGAAAAUUUUAAACGAGUCAAGUGACGACGUUAUUGAAACAAUUAAUAACAAUAAUAAUGAAGAAUGUUCGAUGAUAAAAUCAAUAGAUCUAAUGACUGAUUCAUCGGUUAUCGAUAAAACUUUAAUAAAAUGUACUUGUCUUGAACAUCGUUCCUUAGGGAAGUCAAAUGAAAAUGUUAAUGACUCUCAUAACAAAAAUGAUAUCGAUGAUAAUAUUCUUGAUAAAAUAGAAAAUAUUUACGAUGAAGACAUUGACGAAAAUCGUAACGUUAGAUUGAUAACGGCGGAAAAUCAUUCGAAAAAGAAGAUACCAUUGAACGAAGAAGUCGUUCUUGAAUUUUGUUCUAUAACCGAUCGAUCGAAGAACGACGUUUUAACGUUAAAUUUUCAAGUGGAGAGAUCCGAAUCGGAUUUAGAAAAUAAUUCAUUCAAGGAAACAAUUAAUUUGCCGCGUAAACGUAAACACAGCGAGAUUGAACUUACAAACGAGGAAAGAAACAUUAAUGUCGAUUGUCAAACGAAUUUGAAAUUUUCAGAUCACGAUCAUCAUCACUAUCAUCACCAUCAUCAUCAUCAUCAUCAUCACCACAAUAAGAACUUCGAAGAUAUCACAGUUAACACGUAUGAGGUUAAAAGUACGAAACAAUAUAGAUCAAACAACGGAUGGAUCUUAACAAACAAUAAAACGACGAUGUUCAAUAAUGAGAGCGUAAACUCGAAUGAUAUUUCAUUCGAUGAUUCUCGAAAUGAUCAUCAAUAUCGUGAUUUAUCUCCAAUAACGGAAGAGAAUAGCAAUGAAUCAUUUAACGAGGAAAUUACCAGCAUUCUCAUAGAUACUUGUCCCGAGUGUUGCAUCGAUUGUUCAUUGGAAAGAUCGGAAAAUAGGAACGAGAUAACAACGAUAACGACAACGACAACAACAACAACAACAACGACAACAAUGACAACGUCACUUGUUGAAAGGGAAAAUAUAAACAUCAGUGCCGGCGAGGAAUCAAUUAAAUCGAUGGAUUAUUUUACUUGCAAGGACGAUAGUAGCGAAUACAAUACGUCCGACAGGCCAUCAUCAUGUUCAAAUCCAUCGAAUUUCAACGAUUCGGCUGAUCGUGUAUCCAUUUCUUCGGAUGCUACGUAUAUCAUUUGUAACGAAUUUGAGUCACCCUCAGAAUCGCCAAUCUACAUUGAUUCUAAAAAUUGUUUUACGUCCGUUAAGGAUGAAGACGUACUAUCUACUAAUGACCUUCUUGAAACGACGGAAAAUGUUAAACCGAUGAACUCUAAGUCAAUUAUUUUCUCUACGAAGAAUGAUGUCGAAGAACUCGCCUGUCUCGACGAGAUAAUUAAUCCGAAAAACGAGAAUUUUCAAAAAGAUUCAUCAUUUUAUUUCGAUAAAAAUGAUAUUAAUGGAUCUCACGUGCUUCCACGAUACGAGGAUUCUUCUUUGUAUAGAUUGGUAUCAGGAAUGAAACUGAAUAGUAUCAAUUCUUUAAUCGAAUCCACCCACGACGAUCGUUCUCUCAUUUCGGAGCAAUGAGAAUUAUCUUGAGUUUAAUUUUUCAAAUUCUCUCUUUUUUUUUUCUUUCUUUCUUUUUUUGUUUUUUCCUUUCUCUUUUUCUAUUGUUCGCAUGACCACAUACAUUUUCCUGAUUGACGUUUCACUUUUACGGUUUAUCUUCACUUUCUAAUUUUUAUCGAUAAAAUGUCGUAACAUUCUUUUCUUUUCACGAGAAGAAUAACGACAGAUUAGAAAUAUAGUUUUGAUACGUAUAGAGCGAUAAGAUAUAGAUAAAGCUCGAUAGUUAAGAAAAGAUAUCAAUUUGUUUAUUUACGUUUUCUAUAUUUCUUUCUUUUUUGUUUUGUCUUUUUUUCUGUUUCUUUUCUCGUUUUUUGAUAGUUUAGCAUGAAUGUGUAACGGAGCGCGUUUUUUUUUUUUAUGUUUCUUUAUGUUUUUCUAUCGCACGAAUGUACGUGCCAAUUAUUAUCUUUUUCUCCUUAUUUUGUUUUUGUUUAUUUUUAUUAUUAUUCUUUUUUUAUUAUUUUUUUCAUUAUAUCAAAUUCAAGGAUCUCAAGUUAGUUAUAUUAAUGUACAUAGAUAUAUUUAGUUAAUACGGAGAUGCUUUAUGCGUCCUUGUUUUUAUGAUAAGAAUAAUAAAUUACGUUUAUGUUGUGUCUUAAAACAUUUACAUUGAUGAACAAUUUUGCUUAAGGAGUACUUACUUUUUUUUUCUUUUUUUUUCUUUCUAUUUCGUUUCUUGUCCCUUUUAGCGAAUUCCUGUGGUAUUUUUGUAAUACAAGAUGGACAAAUAUGUUGUUGUACGUUUUGCAUGUUUCGUUACGAUUAUCCUUUUGCACAUAGUUUUGUUACACGCUUACAAGGAUAAUUUGUCAUACCUCAAUUUAAUUCGUUUUAUUGUCGACGAAUGUGUAAAUCGUCGAAACCAUGUGAGAUUUUCUUAAAUUCGAAUUUUCAGAGAUAACCGGAGGAAAAAAAAGAAAAAAGAAAAAAGAAAAAAAAAACAUUGCAAAAAGAAAAGAAAAUGACAAAAAGUGUCAAAUAUUUAACCUGUUAACCGGAAAAUAUUUUCGAGGGAUAAUAUCGUUGAACGUGAAUUCAUAAAAUUUAUUUUCAUUAGAAAUAAAAUGAUUAAGAUGAAGAUUAGAAAACUUCGGAUAAAUUAAAUAUUCUUUUUUUCCCUUUGGUUAUAGCGAGUAUAUUCGUCAUGGGGGAAAAAAAGUGAUUAUCAUUUAUUAUUUAAAUAGCUAUUAAAUAGCAUAAAAUGGUGAUUGUAUACAAUUAACGGGGAUCAAUAAGUUAUAAAAUGAAGAAUUUAGCUAUACAUGUGUAUAUGUAUAUCUUUUUUUUUCUUUUUUUCUUUUUCUUUUUCUUUUUUUUUUUUUAUAAUUGGAAUGAGAAAUAAAACGUAUUUUAUUUUUUUUUUUUUUACGAAGACAAAAGUGAAAUCUCAUCGCGAGAGAUUAACUAUUCGGUUAACAGGUUAAAUCUUUGUAUCCGAAUAUCUUUUCUUUUUUUUCUUUUUUUUUUCUUUUUUAAUCCUUUUAUUUUAUUGUACAGUUAAAAAAUACAUAAUACAUACUUUUCUCGAAAAUCAUUUAAUUUGUUUUUAAUCGUAAUAAUAUUAUGAAAUGAAAAUUUUGAUUUUGCGUUGAAAUAAUGGCGUCAUUCUGGUAUCCUCUAAUGCAACAGAUUAAUAUAAUAGUUCACGUAAAUUUUCCUUGGUUUUUAAAUAAAACAGCAUAAGAUA